AUGACAUCGCAAAGUACGGCUACCUACCAGGGCUCCAAGCCGGCGGUGACACUCAUUGACAAGCUCACUCUCGUACCAAUUUUACUUCGUGCUGUCUCGUCUGCGUUGCUUCGUCUCGUAACCCGGCCUUUGACCAGCGGCGCCAAGCAGAAUACCCUCUUCCGGGACGUACUCUUUGCCUUACUUCGGACGCAACUAUCGAGCAUCAACACAGCACAAGAGCAAUGGUCCCAAUCCACGACCGAGAAAGAAUACAAUGCAUUCAUGAAGAAGCGGAAGCUCGAGCCUGCAACAGAGGUCACUCAGGGUGGAGUUCGAGUGCAUUGGCUUGGCAACAAGAACGCGAAGAUGACCAUCCUCUUCUACCAUGGCGGAGGCUUCAACCUUGCUGCGACGCCAGGACACUUCGAAUGGUUGUGGGAGCUGCAAAGCGAUCUCAACAAGCAAGGCCGUAGUGUGAAUGUCCUGGUUGUGAGCUAUACGCUGGCGCCAGCAGCACGGUAUCCUACCCAGAUGAGGCAAGCGGUGGAUGCAUUUAACUGGCUCCUGCACACCAAGUCUCAGAGUUCAGAAGAUAUCGUCUUGAUGGGAGACUCCGCGGGUGCCAAUCUCGUUACGUCCAUCUUCUCACACAUAAUGCACCCACAUCCCGAAGCGCCCGCUAUCCAUCUCAAAGGUGCAAUGCCUGCCGCUGUGUUGAUCGCCCCAUGGGUCAAAUUUGCCACGGAUGACGGUAGCGUCAAACGCAAUGAAUCAGCAGACAUGGUAACCCCAGAAGCCGCUCAUCGGUGGUCAUCAGAAUACCUAGGUUCCGCGAAAUUAGACAACUACAACCAAGCCAGCAUAGCCGACAAGGAAUGGUUCUCCGGUCUUCAAGACGUCGUCAAGGAGAUUCUGGUUUAUGGCGGAGGCGCCGAGGUGCUCAUUGACAGCAUCGAAGCGCUUGCCAAGAAGUUGCAGCAUGUGCAUCCCAAAGUCAAGCUGGUCGUCAUGCCUGGUGAAGGUCAUGAUGCUCUUAUCUUGGACAAGUUAUUUGGAUAUGCCGGAAAGUCUGACGGGACUAGGGUUGUUGAGAGUUGGCUUAGCGAGUGCCUGUCGUCCUAG